AGAGAGCACAACGCAUAGACCACAUUUUCUUUCUUUUUAAAGUAAGGGAUACUGUUUUUGUGACUUUAGGACAAAGUGCACAAUUGUAGUUAAAAAUGAAAAGUGACUCCGUGGAUUCAGUUACUUACCAGAGGCAAAGGAUAAAACAUUUCUGGCCAUUCCAAAGUGGUCGUAGGCCUAUCCUUCAGUGGCUGAUAUUUCUGUCAUCAUUGGUGCUGCUGUAUGUCAUGGCUCUGUGGUCGUACCGUUCUGGAGACAGAACCACAGCCCAUGUGCCCCUUCCUAGGCCUUUUCUACAGCACCUCAACAGAACCCAGACACCCUCUGGUGAUACACCUCUGGCCUCCACGGCGCCCCCUGGCCUCAGUGUGGAAGAGUGGCAGCACCUGCUGAAGGCUAUCGACUGGGGUGGACCCGAGAGCCAGGUCACAUCUGCCAACAGGAGCACGAGCCCGUACCGGUCCACCUUCACUAUCGACAACCUCAAGCAGAGCUACUCUGUGGGAGAGGAGCUGCACGCCACCAUCUUCGCCAGAGAUUUUACUGGUCAGUCAAAAGGCUACGGAGGGGACUUUUUCCAGGCCAAAGUAUAUUCAAACAAAUUAAAGGCCAGUGUGUUUGGAGAGGUUUUGGACCACCAAAAUGGCACAUACUCGGCCCGCUUCAUCCUGCCAUGGCCGGGCAAGGCAUCGGUGGCCGUGCGCCUCAUUCACUCCAGCGAAGCGGUGCAGGUCCUGAAGCGUCACCGGAGAACGGAAUCAAACCGGAUUUACUUCUACGGCUUCUUUGUGGGCAAGGAUGGAAACGGGACUGAGGUGAAAGAGAGCAUUGUGUGUAACGUCAAGUGGGCCGGAGUGGUGCUGUCACCGGGAGAACAGAAGAACUGUGAGUACCGAGACGUCCGCACGGGAUUAACAUGGCAGUGCCGCCGCCCCAGAGUUCUGCCCUGCGACGCCCUGAUGUACCACUCUGCUGGCGGCUACGCCAAAACCAUGACGACACUGGAGCAGCAGCUCAUGGACAGGCGAAAGGUGGUGAACAAGUGGCUGAAGGCAGACCCUCGUCUUAUCACCAUAAAUGCUUCCAAUGCAACUGUGGGAGCGAAGAAUCUGUGCGGUCCCGGUUUGUCCACUCCGAUACCGGCAGGUUUCUACCUCAACAACGUCUGGACAUCGUUUGUGUGUGCCACCCGCCAUUUUGCUGUGAAGGACACGACCCAGUGCCUGAAGGACAAACACGUAUAUAUCAUGGGCGACUCCACCAGCAGACAGUGGUUCGAUUACCUGAUUUCAUCUGUGCCUACCCUGAAGCGUAUGAACCUCCACACUGAGGGCCAGGUGGGGCCACUGAUGGCAGUGGACGUGCAGAAUAACGCUGACCUUCAUUGGCGCGCACAUGGCCUCCCGCUGCGUUGCCGCAAGACUCCGUUCACGUCGCUCCAGUACAUCAGCAACGUCCUGGACGAAAUGGUGGGCGGGCCACAGACAGUCUUUGUGUUCAACAUGUGGGCGCACUUCACCAACUACCCGCUCUCCUACUUUGCCCACCGGGUGGCGCUUGUUCGGCGAGCAGUCGUGGCUCUAUUGAGGCGAGCGCCAGGGACCAAAGUCGUCAUCAAGACGGCCAACACGGGCUACAAGGAUAUCUACGGCAGCGAUUGGUUCUCCAUGCAGCUGGAUGGGAUUCUGCGGGAAGCGUUCCGCGACGUGGGGGUGUACAUUCUUGACGUGUGGCAAAUGACGGCUUGCCACUCCAACCCGGAGGGCAUCCAUCCAGCCCCGGUCAUCAUCAAGAACGAAGUGGACAUCCUCCUCUCUUUUAUGUGCCCCAGGUGAAGACACAUGAAAAUUGAAAAGAAUGUCCGCACACCAGGCUCCCGUUUCUAUUCAUUGCUUUCAUUUGAGUCUGGUGCGCGGACUUUAUUUUCAAUUUUCAUGUCACUUUGCUGGUCCUGGACCCAGAAUACUUUUGAGACGGAUGUGCAUGUUUUUUUUCUUUACUGAACCAAGUGGAGACACAGCCAUCACAGCCACUGGCUGACAGCUUUGACCGGGCCCAGGACAAAGCCAUCUGAAAGGGCCCCAACUCACCCAAUGCAUACAAUGUAAUGACAGCCCAAUUCCGGGACAACUGACCCAUUUGCACACAAAUGGUCUACUCCACAUCCAACAAACAUUAUGCAAACUAAAAAAAACAGGAUUAUUGUGCUUUUCUGCCUUAAUUUUGAAAGGAAAGUUAGGAGUUUGACAGGAGACGGGUGAAAGAGAGAGAUGGGGGAGGAUCAAGAAAUGACCUCAGGUGGGAAUUGGCCCUCGGUAACAGCACAGUCAGUGCCUUAGCUGUUGGAGCCACUGCCAAAGCCAAAAGCAAACUUUUUAAAAAUACUUUUUUAUUGCUUCAGGGGAAACUGGGAUUCUGCAUAGCGUACGUGUGUGUGUGUGUGUGUGGGUGUGCGUGUGUGUGUGCGUGUGUGAAAGAGGAAAAGACAGACAGAGAUAGGGAGUACUAUUUGCAUAUCAGCCACUUUUUGAAAGAGCCAAAAUAUACCGUGGGUAGAAAAAGUGUGUGAACCCUUAGGAAAUCGGAUUUCUACUUGAAUUGGACAUAUUGGACAUGUUUUCUAAUCUUCACCUAAUUCACAACAAUACACAAAUACUCUGCUCAAACUAAAACUGCAAAAAGAAUGUAUGAUUUCAU